AUAAUUUUUUCAAACAAACGCAGCAACUGGGAAUUGAUACAAGUCGAAUUUAUGUGACGUUAUAGGGAAAUGGUAAAGAGAGCAGUAGGAACAAAGAAACAGUAUUAAGUACAACAUAUGAUAAAUAAUAAUGAACAAAGAAAUGCCAUUAAGUGUGGAAUGGAUACCACAAAAUGCAUAUAUAAACAAUUCUUUGGAUCACUCGCUACCGGAAGACAGAAAUCAGGACUUCUUAAUCAUAAAGCAAAAAACAGAGUUCUUUCAAAGUACCUUGAAUUCACAACAGUCUGCGCAAAACAAAAUCGUGCAUCUACAAGUUUUGUCUAAAGAGAACAAGGAAAUCAAACAAGAGAGUAGUUAUUUAAAUGCAAAACCCUGCCAAACAGAUUCUUUAAAUCAGCCAUCCAAAGGAUUGACUGAUGAUUCGGAAAAAUUAUAUAAUAAAGGUCGCAUCGACGUAAUAGAGAUGACAGUAGAUUCAACGUUGAAUUAUAAGUAUUUUUUUGUUUAUGAAGAUCAGGUUUCCAAAUUUGUUAUACUAAGGGCUCUCCAUAGCAAUACAGCUAAAGAGGUUGCAACAAAUUUGUUAGAUGUAUUGGGAAUCAUAGGAGUACCGCGAGUAUUACAGAGCGGCAAUGGACGUAUGUUUGCUGAACAAGUUGUAUGUGAACUACAUUCGAUAUGGAAUGAUUUGUUCAUACUGCAUGGAGACACAUCUAAAUGCGAAGUUAGCUGCAGGGAUUUUAAGAGUUUGCUUGAAUCUUGGAUGAAAAAAAAUCCAACUAAGACCUGGUGCGAGGGACUGAACUUUAUACAGAUUGUUCAUAACACGACAUAUCGCUAUCAGAACGGUAGAGUUCCAUAUGACAUAUUGUUCAAACAAAAUGCAUGUGAAAAUUUUCAAGGUAUUGGAAAAGAUACAGAAAAUUUGAGAACAGAAGAAGAAUUGAUUAAACAUUUGUCGAAUAAAAUGGAUGGAGGUGAGGCAAUGACGGAAGACACACAGAGUACAUCAAACAAUACCAAUCAUUGCGAAGAGAACGAAAAUAUACGAAAUACACAGAGUCAAAAUGCACUUUUAAAGACCGACGAUGCAAACUUUAAUUGCGUCAUCGUGAAGAAUGAGUCUCUGAAUAAUGUACAUACGAUGGAUUCAAUAUCUACAGAUAAAAUAGCCAUGAAGAGUGAUUCGAAAGUCAAUGAAGAUACUCAAUCCCUCAAAUGCCAGUACUGUCAAAAGCAAUACAUGAAAAUAGGGCAUUUGAAAAAUCACAUAAGAAUUCACAAAGCAAAACAGGUUCUUCAUUGCAAGCUGUGCAAUAAAACGUUUAGCGUUCUGAGAUUAUUCGAGAAGCAUAUGAAACAAUCACAUGGAAAAGAUAAAGCUGAUGAAGAAAAAGGGAUAUCGGUCAGAAAAACGAGAAAUAUUACCAAUGCAAAAUCUAUUCAAAUAACACAUGAAACAUUCAAUCCUGAAAUAAUAAACGAAAAUUGUGAUGUGUCACUCGACACGAGAGAAUCCUCUAGCAAAGUCAAUAAGAGUCCCAACCAAACGGGGAAACGGAAACUGCCCGCGGAGAACCGCAUAUCAAAGACACAAUCUCUAAAGUGUACAUUUUGUAAGCAAAAAUUCAGCUUUCCAAGCGUGCUAGAAAGACAUAUCCGAUCGCACACCAACGAACGGCCGUACGAGUGCGAAGUAUGUAAAAAGAGUUUCAAGCAACUGGGUCAUCUUAGUCAACAUUCACUGACCCAUCAUGACUAUCGUUCGUUCCAGUGUACAGUAUGCAGUGUAAAGUUUGACUCGUUGGAUUUACUGAAGCAACAUGCGCACUCGCAUAAAGGUGACACCACGACAACGACAUCGAAGGUACGUGAUGUCUAUCGUCUGUUUGAGUGUGACAGCUGUAAAAAGGUAUUCACAACGAAAAGCGUACUAGAGCGACACAUAUUCACGCACACGCAGGAACGUCAGUACGAUUGUAAGGUAUGCGGCAAGCGAUUCAAGCAAGCUGGUCACGUCAAGUCGCACAUGUUGGUGCACACUGGUGAGCGUCGUUUUCAGUGUACCAUAUGUUCAAAACGUUUCAGUCUCUCGAACUCGUUGAAGAAACACAUGUACGUGCACAACGGCGAAAAGCCGUAUCAGUGCGAUGUGUGCGGUGCACGUUUCCUUGAGAGGCGCAACCUCAACGGCCACUUGCUGACGCACACCAAUGAGCGUCCGUACUGCUGUAAGAUCUGCGGUAAACGGUACACCCUAGCGGACACUCUGCGCCGUCACGUCAGUGCCGCGCAUGAAGAUGGUCGUACGUACCAAUGCGAGAUUUGUGCCAAAAUGUUCAAGCAAUUGGCACAUCUGUCGGUGCACAAAAAGGUACAUAACGACGAACGACCGUUCCAAUGUCAUUUAUGCGAAAAGAACUUCAAGCAUAAGAACGUACUCAAGUCGCACCUGGCGAUUCAUGCGAACGUACGGCCAUUCGAGUGUGAUGUAUGCAAGGCGACGUUUGUCAGGAAGACGAAUCUGCAAACGCACAUUUCGUCGGCGCACAUGAACGAGCGUCCAUAUACCUGUACUAUCUGCGGCAAGCGAUUUAAGCAGAUCAGUCAUCUAAACGGUCACGUUGUAGUGCAUAGCAAUUUGAUGCCUUACAAGUGCGAUUAUUGCGAUCGCCGAUGCAAUCGACUAGAUAAUUUGAAGAAGCAUAUGCGCCUUCAUACGAAAAAUAAGGAAUAAAAGAAAUAUUUUGGCGAAUUAAUAUCUUGUUUUUUUUUUUUUAAGGCAAGAUAUUAAUACACUCCUGAACGGCAUA